GAGCGGGCCUCGCUGGAGAAAGCGCGCUUAGAGCGCAAUUGCAAGCGCAGACGAGAGCAAGGCCUUGGGUCGGACGAUGAAGGCAGCAAGCAGAUGCCUGCGCGAGUAUACAGAAAGGAAAAUGACAAGUUCCCGUCAACAGCAUGCAGGACAUUGAACAGUGGACGCGAUCGAGAGCAACAGCAGCAGGGUGGGUCAAGUAGGAGCGGAUCAUCGACAGCUCGCUUUGCCACGGUCAAUCCCGUCAACGAUCCAGUAUAUGCGCGAAUCCAACCUCAAGAUAGGUUUUGGGACGGUACAAUCAGGCAUGGUUUCAAUGCCCUUGCACCCAAGCAUAUGAAAGGUGUGCCAUUUUCGGAUUUGCUCCUUCCCGCCACACCGACGAAUAGCAAUGGACUACAUCAAGCCGUACUUAGUAGCUACAGUUGCGAGAUGUCAUGGCUAUAUCCUCAAUUUCCGUCGCCAUUCACAGUCGGUUCAGGCGACUCUGCCCCUGAACAACCUGGCAUUCAAAGGCCGUCUGAAUUGACGCCUGGGUGGCGACUAUUGAUCCCGGAGCUCCCACCACGUCACGGCGUCCAGCACAUGAAGUUCAUGCUUUUGGCUUUCAAGCACCAUCUACGCUUCGUGCUUUCCACGGGGAAUCUGCAAUCGUGCGACUGGCAGGCGGUCGAGAAUAUUGUUUACAUUCAAGACUUUCCCCUCAAGUCAACAGCUUCAUCGCUUUUAGGUUCCGCGAAUGGAAGUCCUGCUGGAGACCUGCGAUUACAGCUAGAUUUCGUUCUUCAAUCUUUUGGUGUCCCGGUCGCUCAUCCGAUGCGAGUUGCAUUCCCAAAAUACGACCUGGACAGAUCAAACGCGCGACUGGUCGCAUCAAUCCCGACAUCGGUGCCUCGCAAAGGAUGGGACGCAAUCAGACAAAGCGGUCUUGGACGUCUUGGCCACAUACUGGAAAGUUUUCACCUCCAUAAGAUACCAGGUGGGCACGUGCUGGAGAUGCAAGGCUCCUCAACGGGAUGGUACACUCGGCACUGGUUGAAGACGAUGCAUUUGAUUGCGUCUGGGCACCACAUGCCUUCAACGCUGCCCGCGCCUGUCGCCGCCGUCAAGCUGGCCAGUCAUUACGAGAGGACAAUCGAUUUGCUAACGAAUGCACCAGUGGCACAAUCCACGGCUGCAGCCGCUAAGAUGAUUUGGCCCCGGCGCGUCAAGAUACUCUUCCCCUCCGAGCGCUUUGUCAAGCAGAGGUUUAUCCUCGGCGUCGGGUUCGCUGGAAUUUUUUACGGCCAUAAGGACCACUUUUUAAAGAAUACCUACAAAUCAAUGUUCAAUGAACAAAUUUCAAAACGAGUGCCGACAUUGAUGCAUGCAAAGAGCCUGCUUGCCUUGCCACCGGACGCGAUGACCGAUCCCAGUAGCAUCAUCAAUGCAGAAGGAGGCAGGCCAGACGAUGUGAUCGGCUGGAGCUACGUGGGUUCGCACAAUAUGACAGAGGCUGCGUGGGGCAACAUCAAAGGAACAGAAGACAACCCUGAGUCCACUGUGAAGAACUAUGAGCUAGGCAUCGUGUUCCCAAUCACCCGCGCUGAUCUGGGUAAGCCUCCUGCACAACGCUGCUUCGGCCUCCAGGUACCCAUAUAUAAGCACCCACUCGAGCCGUACAAGUCUUCAGAUGUCCCAUGGGAUCAAUUCGCACAGGGAUGACCGGGAUAACCGCUCGUUAUCCGACGUUUCCGAGUGGUUCGCCCCAAGAAUUCCCAGAAAGAUUGGCUUGUAGAUACUAUAGCUUUCUUCCGCAAUUUCUUGUAGCAUACGAGUCAUGUUUUUCCUCCAUAGCGAAUUGAGCAUCCAGCAUUGUAGAAGAAAU